AUGUCUCUCGGACGAACCGUCGCUCUCAACACCGGGGCCAAGAUCCCGCUUCUUGGAUUUGGAACCUGGCAGGCGGAGCCAGGUCAGGUUGGCGCUGCAGUUUACGAGGCUCUCAAGGCUGGAUAUCGCCAUUUGGACUUGGCCAAGGUCUACGGCAACCAGAAGGAAAUCGCCCAGGGUAUCAAGAAGGCCCUCAAAGAAGUCCCCGGCCUCAAGCGUGAAGAUUUGUUCAUCACCUCCAAGCUCUGGAACUCGCAGCACCGCCCCAAGGAUGUCCCCUCAGCACUGGACGACUGCCUGGCGGAGUUAGAACUCGAAUACCUCGAUCUCUACCUGAUGCAUUUCCCAGUCGCGUUUGACUCAUCCAACCCCAACACCGAGCUCUUCCCGUUGAAGGAGAACGGCGACGUCAAGAUGCUCGAUGAUGUUUCUGUCGUCGACACCUGGAAGGCCUUGACUGAGCUGCCAAAGGAGAAGGCCCGCGCUGUCGGUGUCUCCAACUUCGGUGUUGACCAUCUCGAGGCUGUGAUCAAGGCCACCAAUGUCGUCCCUGCCGCCAACCAGGUCGAGCGUCACCCUCUGCUGCCUCAGCGUGAGCUCAUCGACUACGCCCAGAAGAAGAACAUCCACAUCACGGCGUACUCCGCAUUCGGCAACAACAUGUUCGACAAGCCUCUUCUCAUCACCUACCCCGAGAUCACCAAGAUUGCGGAGAAGAUUGGUGCUACGCCCGCACAGGUCAUCCUCGCCUGGGCCCAAGAAGGCGGCCACAGCGUCAUCCCCAAGUCCGUCACUCCAUCAAGAAUCGCAUCGAACUUCAAGGAGGUCGAGAUUUCCAAGGAGGAUCUUGCCGCCGUCAACAAGCUCGGCGACAACCCAGUCCGAUACAACAUCCCAUACAUUGCCAACAAGCCCCGCUGGCCAGUCGACCUCUUCAGCACCCCCGAAGAGAAGGACGCUCCGCACAAAGUCAUCGUCUAG